GUUGUGUUUACUUGCCGGUGUCAUUAUUCGUCUUCUCUGCUGCGGGCUAACCCUCCAUCCAGACCGAAAGGGAUCUCCAAACAUUACUCCGUAGCUCGAAUUGAUCAGGAUGUCCCGGGAGCAGCAAGCAGUGGCUCUUGCCAGGAAAGCCUUUGAAACAGGCCGGUCCAAAUCCUUAGAGCACCGGAUUCGCCAACUGAAGAACCUGCAGCGGUUAUUCACUGAGAAACAGGAUGUCAUUUCAGAUGCCGUCAAGAAAGACCUCAAUAAGAGCGAGGUGGGGACACAGCUGUAUGAGACUCUGGGUCUGGAGGGGGAGAUCAGCCUGGCCAUCAAGAACCUGAAGAAGUGGGCUGCCCCUAGGCCCGUGGUGAAGAACCUCCUGACCCUCUCGGACACCGUCUACAUCAAACCGGAGCCGCUGGGAGUGGUGCUUAUCAUCGGGGCCUGGAACUACCCCUGGGCUGUCACCAUCCAGCCGCUCAUAGGAGCCAUCGCAGCUGGUAAUGCAGCUGUGAUCAAGCCCUCCGAGGUCUGUGUUCACACUGCCAAGGUCAUGGAGGACCUGCUUCCACUUUACAUCGACAAAGAGCUUUACCGCGUAGUAACCGGGGGAGUGUCAGAGACCCAGGAGCUGCUGCGUCAGAGGUUUGAUCACAUCUUCUACACCGGCAACAGCAUGGUGGGCAAACUGAUCAUGGAGGCUGCUGCCAAACACCUGACGCCUGUCACCCUGGAGCUAGGCGGCAAGAGCCCCUGCUACAUCGACAAGGACUGUGACAUAAGCAUAGCAUGCAGGCGUGUCACCUGGGGAAAGUACACCAACUGUGGUCAGACCUGCAUCGCCCCAGACUACAUCCUGUGUGAGCCCAGCAUUCAGGACCGGGUCAUCGAAGAGGUCAAGAAGUCCAUAAAGGAAUUCUACACCGACAACCCCAAGACCUGUCCUGACUACGGACGCAUCAUCAACCAGCGCCACUUUAAAAGAAUAAUGAACAUGUUGGAAGACAGCACCAUCGCUGCAGGAGGAGAAAACGAUGAGUCAGACUGCUACAUAGCCCCCACUGUUCUGCGGGAUGUGAAGCCAGAGGCGAAGGUGAUGCAGGAAGAGAUAUUUGGACCUCUGCUUCCCAUCCUGUCGGUCAAUGGCCUGGACGAAGCAAUCAAGUUCAUCAAUAAGGGAGAGAAACCUCUGGCCCUCUAUGUUUUCUCAUCAAAUAACAAGGUGAUAAACAAAAUGACAGAUGAGACCUCCAGCGGAGGACUGCUGGCCAACGACUGUCUCGUGCACUAUUCUGUCAGCUCGCUGCCUUUCGGAGGAGUGGGAAACAGUGGUAUGGGCUGCUACCAUGGCAAGUUCAGCUUUGACCAGCUGAGCCACCUGCGUAGUUGUCUCAUCAAGCAGCUGAAAAUGGAGGGUGUGAACAGCAUGCGCUACCCGCCUCACACGGCCAAGAAACUGGGCUGGGCGCGCUUCUUCAUCCUGAAUAACGUGGACCUGGGCUGGAUUGGGCAGAUGGGGCUCUUAGUCAUCCUGACUGUGGUGGCUGCUGUUGUGCUACAGAAUUAUCUCGUUUGAAGACGUCCCGCUGCUUCUCAUACAACAAGUGUCUUCUUUGAAGAAGAGAACAGAAUUAAUUUCAAACCAUUUCAACAAUGAGUGUCGGUAUAAAUCAGAUCAGCAUCUGCUCAGGACCGUCAUAAUAUGGGGAAUGUUUGGGGUGAUGCCUUAAUUAAUGUGUCAGAAGUUUCAAUGUAGCAAGCAUCUUAUUUUCAUGAGGUUAAUUAUUUAUGAAUGGCUCUUAAAUUUGUGUUCAGCAUUACUAUGUUCUAUUUUAACCCGUAAAAUCAUGUUUACAUAUUUAGAAAACAUUUUAAAAACAGUUUAAUAAUACAAUAUAAUGCUGUGAUUUUUCUAUGAUUCAUUUCAAAUGAAGUAACAACAUGUGUUACUAUAAACUGUGAUAUGAACUAAACUUGCUUUGAUAACAAUCAAUUAAUGUUCAAUGAAGGGCUGAAAAGAAUGAAGGUAGUUGCAAUUUCCACGUUAUGAAACCGUUUUUAAUGUGUAGGAGUUACCUACAUUUCACUUUGUAUCCAUUCCAUUUCAAUGACGGUUCAGCUAUAAACUUAACAUUGAUUUAAAUGUGUCACAUGCCUGUAACAAAUUUAAAUGUAUCUUUAAAUAACAGUAGUUGCUAAAGGUUGUUUUUCUUUUAUGACACUAUUGAAAUUUUAAGGGAUUUGUAAUUAAUAGUUGAAUAUACACAUACAUACAUGUAUUUCUAUAUUGGAUUAAUAUUCAAAUAAAUAUAUUUCUACAUGUA